AAGAAACCUGCGGGGCCAUCUUGUAGCUCAUCCCAUUGAAAGCGAGGAUCCAGCCCGAUGUCACAAUCCCAUGUCAAUCAAAGAGUUGAAGCUUUGCCCUUGAUUUCCCGAAGGCAUGGACAUGAGGACAAUGUGCCACUUAUUAGGCGACAAACAAGCCCCCGACCUCAACUCGUUCAACCUGCUGCUGCACGUUCAUCUACCAUGCUUGCUGCCACUCCACAUCACGUUGCAAAGACAGUGCCUGCAUCUGCAUUUGCAGUAGGUCCAAGGAUUGCAUACCUUGAAAGUUUCAGUUAUACAAAAACUGACUACCAGGCCGCCAUGUUGCAAGGUAUGCAAAGUUUUGUUCCCCGGGUAGAUUGGCAACGUGCAAAGGGUUACAUACAACAGCACGGGAGUCAUGCUACCAUGCUAAAGUUGAUGGGCUGCGAACAAGGGGCACAAGGACAGGGCCGUGAACUGAGUGAAAACUGUAAGCAGUUAACUUCUGAGAAGGCAAGCUUGGAAGAUGAGGAGAGUGGCAUUCAAGCCGCCAAGGAUGAGGUCGACUGUGUUGAGGAACGCGCCACAAGGGUAGAGGCUGAGAGAGAUAAUGCUUUGAACGAGCUAAAUUCCUUGAGACAACUGGUAGUUGUAGCAAACGAAAAUCUUGCUCGUGCUGAAAAAGGCUUGAACAAGAUAAAGAGAUCUUAUUGGCACUCUAUAAGCAUUGCCCGAGCUCAAGGAGUGGAGUGGCUGGUUGGCUCCGACAUGUUCCAAGAUGUCAUGGUCGUUGCUUCUAUGAAUACCACGACGCAGAUUUAUGAUGACAUCUAUGGGAAGGUAUUACAGCACCGACUCGACUUUCCUAUUAACGAGCUGGACUUUCCUAUUAACGAGCUGGCCUUUUUCGAAGGAAAGGAAAUUGACGAACAAGGCAAGAGCCUCACCCCAUCAACUGACACUAUUGUGCGGUUGAAAUGGGAAUUAAAUGAGGAUGGAGCACUUGUAUGGCCUCCAUCUGUUCUUGAAGACGGGGUAGAUUUAAAAGGCUUGCCGAGUUUUGACGCUUGGGUGGCUGGGGUGCUUGAACUACAAGCUGAACCUUCUAACACUCCUCCAAACUCUCAGCUCGUUGUUACUCUAGCUCGUGUUGAUGCAUCUGUCCCGAUGGAUUUGACAAAUGAUUAGCUUUAAGUUUAUCUUUUUCUUUUGUAUUUUGUGUGUUGGUUUGUUAACCAUUUGAACAGUUUUAAAAUUGUCUCUUGUACCAUAAUGUGUAAAUCUUAGAGAUGAUACAAUUUGAGAAAUUUUCCUAAAAUUUUUGCAUUCAUUAAAUUUUGAAUAAACAUUUUACAUUUCC